CAACAGCCACAACUCGCUUGGCCCGAGCCGGCACUGAUCUUCUGCAGCCGUAUCAGUCGAUCGUUGGCAUUGCUAACGAACGUGUCCGUCUAUUCGAGCACACCAGCCAAUUACAAGUGAACCACAAGACCCCAUGUGUCGUGCUAGGUGAAGCAGUGUGGCAAUGCACCCGGAAGGACUCUAAGGGUGCUAGUGGACCUGCUGUGCAGCAAACUGUACUUUACUACAAUUCAAUCCGAGACUGUGCGCUGCUCAAGUUGGCAGAAUGGCCAAAGAAAAGGAAGUAGGCAUUAGUGCCAGAUCCACCCUGUGGUAUCUAGUGUUUGUGGGCUUUGCCGUAAACUACAUGAUACGCAUCAACACGAACAUUACGAUCGUUGCCAUGAUCAAACAGUCGGAAACGGAGUUUGUCGGUGAGGUUAAGGUAGACUACGCCUGUUACGUCCCGAUCGGAAAUGGGUCCGAAGCAUUGACGACCCAAACAGAAGGAUCAAGCCUGCUACGAUCGCGCGAAAGUCGUGUCAUCUCACCGGAGCAGUUGCUGCUGACCCUCUUCAACCUUGAUCCACAGAAGGAAGGUUUCGAUUGGAACGACUAUCAGCAGGGUUUAAUUUUGGGAGCAUUCUACUGGCUACACUGGAUUACGCAAAUACCGGGCGGUAUUCUAGCCCGCCGGUACGGUACGAAGCUGGUGUUCGGUGCGAGCAAUGUGAUCGGUUGCUGGAUGUGUUUCCUGAUGCCGAUCGCCGCCUACUGGGACUACCGUGUGCUGGUCGUGCUGCGCGUUCUACAAGGACUCAUUUGCGGUCUUGCCUGGCCAGCGAUGCACCAUAUGGCUGGGCAGUGGAUUCCCCCGAACGAACGGAGCAAGUUCGUAACCGCUUACCUGGGCAGCUCCGUAGGAGUGGCGCUCAAUUUCCCCCUGUUUGGGUUCAUCAUCUCGUGGACCUCCUGGGAGUAUGUGUACCACUUUUGCGGCAUCUUCGGCACGGUGUGGUAUGUCGCCUGGCUCUACUUCGUGUACGACUCACCGGCCGAACAUCCUCGCAUCCAUGCGAAUGAGCGCAAGUACAUUGAAAGUUCGCUUGGCAUUACGGCCCAGUCGACAGCACGGCGGGAGCAGCAGCAGCAGGAGCAGGGCACACCCUGGCGCAAGAUCAUACUCUCCCGCGCCAUGUGGAUGACGAUCAUUGCCCAGUGGGGUGGCAUCUGGGGUCUGUUUACGCUGAUGACGCAGGCACCGACGUACUUCAACAACGUGCACGGGUGGAAUAUCGAGAUGACGGGCUUGCUGUCCGGGAUUCCCCAUCUCUGCCGUAUGCUGUUUGCGUACGUGUUCUCGAUCGUUGGCGAUCAUCUGCUCAAGCACGAGCUAAUGUCCCGGACCGGGGUGCGCAAGAUGGGCGGCACCCUGUGCUGCGUCGUGAAUGGGAUAUUCGUCUUUAUCCUCGCGUCCAGUGGCUGCAAUUCGCUCAUGGCCACCAUUUUCCUUACGCUAGCCACCACGGUGCAUGGGGCGGUAUCCACUGGUCCGCUGGCGAAUCUAGUCGACAUGAGUCCCCGGUAUGCGGGCAUACUGUUGGGUUUCAGCGGUAUGAUCACCGUUGUGCCGGGAUUCGUGUCUCCAAUCAUUGUCGGAAUGCUUGGGAAUCACACGGUGGAGCAAUGGAGAAUCAUUUUCCUCAUCACUUCCGGGACGCUCAUCAUCUGCGGGCUGCUCUAUAUGGCGUUCGCCGACUCGACACUGCAGCCUUGGAAUUCGUGCGAGGAUUUGUCCAGUGUGCAUGAUGAUGAGCUGAAGGGACUUAAGAUAUCGCCGCCCAACGCAACGUUCCCGGAGAAGCAAGAAGCGGACGACCAAAAGGAGGACGAUUCUGUUGCCCUUCGCUUAAGCUCGGUCUGAGCGACAGUAUUAGUGUGGUACGCUCAUUUCCCUGCAAUUCUGUGCCAAAGUUGUUAAUAAACAUGUGUCGGGGGGAGGCAUACGAAAAAAAAGGCAACGAAUAAGCAUGAU